AUGGCCGAAGGUAGAGGGAAAAAUUUAAUGAGUCAAGUUACGGGAAAAGGUAAGAGUUUAAUGAAAGCUUUGGGUCGGAAGUCGAACAAUCCGGAUGAUCCGGAUCGUAUUGGAGAUCGGGAAGUUCUAGCAUCCGAUCGUAGAAGGAAAACGACAACAAGAGAAGAAGCAAAGAGAGCGAGGGAAGAAGCUACUGCAGUCGGAGUCAGGCCUUCUAAUGAUCUUCAAGUCGGUCAUGUUCGUACUCAGUUGCAGUACACCUCCGAUGAUGACGAGGAGAUGGUGGCUAAUGAUGACGGAGAUGAUGACGAAGAGAUGGUGGAUAAUGAUGAUGGCAAUGAUGAUCAUGAUGGCGAGGAGCCGACACGUAAACGUGGUCGUGGCAUAAAUUUUACAAUUUUGGAUGGUCCGCCGUAUUUGGAGGGUCCGUGCGGGAGAGGGCCAGAAAAUUUGGAGUUUAUGCGUUGGUUCAAGUCGCAUAUAGCGAUCUAUGUUUGGGAUGGACAUGAACGUCGUGCUACUGGACGGGUCGAGUCAAGAAAUAGAGCACUGGAAAUCUACCUCGGCCCGCAGGAUGACAUGAUGAUUAGCAAGUUGGAGGCAACCGGGCUUUACCACUUACGACACUGUUGGCUCCCCAAUAUGAAUCAACAAUUAAUGUUAGCGUUCGUUGAGAGAUGGCAGCCGAAGACGAACAGCUUCCACAUGCCGUGGGGAGAGAUGACGAUCACGCUCCACGACGUUGCUUUCAUCAAGGGGUUGCGAGUAGUGGACGGACCGUUAGUGGCAGAAGUUUCCCAAGCAUUAGAGUAUUCCCAAGGUCUUGCAUCUCUGUUGGGGCUCGGGGUUAUGACUACGACUGACAUGUUUCGAAAUAAGGGAAUUAAUUGGACAAAGGUGCUAGAGCUCUUGAGCAAGCCAUCUGCCACGGACGAGAAGAAGAUACAAGGAUAUCUGAUGUUUCUACUGGGGUCGGUUUUUUUUGUAGACAAAAUAUCUUCGAUGAUGAAGCCGUGGUGGAUACAUUAUACGAAUGAUAUCGACGGAGUCGACCAAUAUUCGUGGGCUGCGGCUUGCUUAGCAAACAUGUACCGACAAUUGGGUAUUACUACUCGCGCUGGGAUGAACGGACUUUAUAGGUGCCCGAUUCCCCUUCUGUGUUGGAUAUUUGAGUAUUUCCCUUGCUUUCGACCAGAGGUUUCCCCGACAUAUACAGAGUUCGAGCCUCGGUGCACAAAGUGGGCCUUUGGCGGUAGUUGUAGGCAGAAAUUGCAGUAUUAUCGGAAGAUGCUCGACGAAAUGUCAGAAAAAGAUGUUCACUGGACACCAUACGGGGCUGAUGCACAUUACCAGAUUCCUCGUAGUAUGUGUUACGGCACUAUACAGUUCAUGGAGAUAGUGGAGCCAUACAUGCCAGACCGUGUUAUACGGCAAUAUGGUAGAGUCCAGACGAUCCCGUUUCACAUUAUCGAAUCUGCUGAGCCCCACCACCGCGGUAUGUAUGCUAAGGGCUACAAGGUCACAUUUCACGCACCUGUCGGCAUGUGGGAGAAUGAAAAUGCCAACUUCAUUAACUUAUCGAACUACGAGGAAGCGUGGCCUCCUGAAACAGUUCAUCCGAACUAUAUGAAGUGGUAUGUGAAACUUACUCACCAGUAUUUGUGCAACCCCACAAGAGCGUCAGCUUCAGUUCAGCCCGUUGUUGCCCCUCCACCAGAUCAGCCGUUUGCGAACGAGAUAGCUCGUCUCCUAUUUCCGAUCGUGUACGUACAUAAUAAGUUUGAUGCGGCAGAACAAUUUAUGUCAAUCUAG